AUGGCAUCUGUACCCACUGCUAAAGAUGAAAAGGAGAAGAAGAAUGAAGCUCUCGCUACAGCUAUUCUGAAGGAUAAAUCUAAGCCAAAUCGCUUAAUUGUCGAUCAGAGUGAAAAAGAUGAUAAUUCGGUCAUCGCUCUUUCUCAAGCUAAAAUGGACGAGCUCGGUCUCUUCCGUGGAGACACAGUAGUUCUUAAAGGAAAGAAGAGAAGAGAAACUGUCUGUAUCGUCUUAGCCGAUGACAACUGCGCCAACGAUAAAGUUAGAAUGAACAGAGUUGUUCGUCACAACCUCAGAGUUCGUCUUGGUGAUGUUGUCAGCGUAACCGCUGCCCCAAGCAUCAGUUACGGAAAGAGAGUCCACGUUCUCCCAAUUGAUGACACUGUUGAAGGACUUACUGGUAACUUAUUCGAAGUCUUUUUGAAGCCAUACUUUGUUGAGGCUUACAGACCUCUUCACAAGGGUGAUAUCUUCACUGUACAAGCCGCCAUGAGAACGGUCGAAUUUAAGGUUGUGGAGACUGAUCCUUCCCCAUCUUGUAUUGUUGCCCCUGAUACCGUUAUCCAUUAUGAAGGAGAAGCAAUCAAACGCGAAGAAGAAGAGGAGAACAUGAAUGACGUUGGAUAUGACGAUAUUGGAGGAGUCCGCAAACAACUUGCUCAGAUCAAGGAAAUGGUCGAGUUACCUUUGAGACACCCUCAACUCUUCAAAGCCAUUGGUAUCAAGCCACCAAGAGGAAUUUUACUGUUCGGUCCUCCUGGUACCGGUAAAACUUUGAUCGCAAGAGCCGUAGCCAACGAGACGGGAGCUUUCUUCUUCUUGUUGAACGGUCCAGAAAUCAUGUCCAAACUUGCCGGAGAAUCUGAAUCCAACUUGCGUAAAGCCUUCGAAGAGUGCGAGAAGAACUCCCCAGCUAUCUUGUUCAUCGACGAAAUUGACGCUAUUGCUCCUAAGAGAGAGAAGACUCACGGAGAAGUCGAAAGAAGAAUCGUAUCUCAACUUCUUACUCUUAUGGAUGGAUUGAAGCAACGUUCUCAUGUUGUCGUUAUUGCCGCUACAAACAGACCAAAUUCCAUUGAUGGAGCUCUCCGUCGUUUCGGAAGAUUCGACAGAGAAAUCGACAUUGGUAUUCCUGAUGCCGUCGGAAGAUUCGAGGUUCUUAGAAUCCAUACUAAGAACAUGAAGCUUUCUGAUGAUGUUGAUCUCGAGCAAGUUGCUAAUGAAUGUCACGGUUAUGUUGGUGCCGAUCUUGCCUCCCUUUGCUCCGAAGCUGCCCUUCAACAAAUCCGUGAAAAGAUGGAGCUUAUUGAUCUGGAAGAUGAUACCAUUGAUGCUGAAGUUUUGAACUCUUUGGCUGUUACCAUGGAGAACUUCAGAUUCGCUAUGGGCAAAUCAUCUCCAUCUGCUCUUCGUGAGACUGUUGUUGAAACACCAAACAUCACCUGGGAAGAUAUCGGAGGAUUGCAAAAUGUCAAGAGAGAGCUUCAAGAGCUUGUACAAUACCCAGUUGCUCACCCCGAAAAGUUCCUCAAGUUCGGUAUGCAACCAUCUCGUGGUGUUCUCUUCUACGGACCUCCUGGUUGUGGUAAAACUCUCUUGGCUAAGGCUAUUGCUCACGAAUGCCAAGCUAACUUCAUUUCCAUCAAGGGACCUGAGCUCUUGACCAUGUGGUUCGGAGAGUCUGAAGCCAAUGUUCGCGAUGUUUUCGACAAAGCUCGUGCCGCUGCUCCAUGUGUUCUCUUCUUCGAUGAAUUGGAUUCUAUCGCCAAAUCUCGUGGAGGAUCUGCUGGAGACGCUGGUGGAGCCGCUGAUCGUGUUAUCAACCAGGUUCUCACCGAAAUGGAUGGUAUGAACUCAAAGAAGAAUGUGUUCAUUAUCGGAGCCACCAACAGACCCGACAUCAUCGAUUCAGCCAUCCUUCGUCCUGGACGUUUGGAUCAACUUAUUUACAUUCCACUUCCUGAUGAAGCUUCCCGUCUUCAAAUCUUCAAGGCUAACCUCCGCAAGACUCCAGUCGGAUCUGAUGUAGAUAUGACCUUCUUGGCUAAGAGUACCGUCGGAUUCUCCGGAGCUGAUAUUACUGAAAUUUGCCAGAGAGCUUGCAAGCUUGCCAUCCGUGAGUCUAUUGAGAAGGACAUCAAGAUCGAGAAGGAACGUCAAGAACGUCAAGCUCGUGGAGAAGAGCUUAUGGAUGAGGAAGGAAGCGAUCCAGUUCCUGAGAUCACUCGUGGACAUUUCGAAGAAGCCAUGAAGUUCGCUAGAAGAUCUGUUUCUGAUAACGAUAUUAGAAAGUAUGAACUUUUCGCUCAAACUCUCCAACAACAGCGUGGAUUUGGAAACAAUUUCAAGUUCCCAGGAGAGAACGCUACUGGUGGAUCAAGUGGUCCCGCUCCAUCUAACGAUGACGAUGACUUGUACAACUAA